AGGCGGCCAGAGACUGACGUACAGAUACUUUCCUUCAGGUGUACCUUAGAUAAUGAGGCGCGUAUCCAUGAGUAUCAGCAGGAACCUUCAAGCAAUCAAGCAAGCAGUAAUGUGAGCAUUGCCUGUAGUUAGUAUCUCUACUUCCUUGAAAAAUGUUAAAUGAUGGUGGAGCCCAGGGACUGUCGAAUGAAUACUUUCCUUCAGAUGUACUUCAAAUAAUGAGGCGCUUUUUCGUGAGUAUAAUCAGGAAACUUGUAGCAAGCAGUUAUGUCAGCAUUGGCUGUAGAUAGUAACUCUACUUCUUUGCAAACUGCAUUUCUAACGUUCGGAAUUUAAUGUGACAUUAAAGUGAAAUCGUACAUAGAAGGAAAACAUGGCAACUGUGUGUAAUAUAAUAUUAUGGACAGUAUUAUAUUUACUCAUAUCGUUAAGCCGACUUGUAAUUACAAUGGAUAAACAAAUGGAGGAACCAGUAUGUACAUCUAGAUUCGACUACGAAUAUAAGAUGUUACACAAAAUGGUUAUGCUGGAAAUAGAACAAAACAAAAUAAAGGAUUUGACUGAGGAAAUGAGUAAACAAACAAACACACUGAAAGAGGAGAGAAUUCAAUGGCGGGAAACAAUGGAACGAGCUGAAAGACGACUGAAAGAGAUAGAAGUUAAAAGUUCCUUCAGUGAAACAGGGAAUAGUUUUGUCCGCUGGGGAAGAACAGAAUGUCCCGGAAAUGGGACAGAAACGGUGUACAAGGGGUAUGCCGCAGGUGGACAUUAUAACAAACGAGGUGCCGCAAGCAAUUAUUUAUGUUUACCUGAGGAACCAGUGUGGGGUGUUUAUGAAGACACAGAGCAGACAGCUGGGACGGUCUAUGGAGUAGAAUACGAACUUCAUGGGAGAAACCUAGAUAAAUUCUUUGGAAAGGUUUUAAACAAUUAUGAUGUGCCUUGCUGUGUUUGUAGGGCAAAGCGACCAAGUAUUAUGAUGUUACCAGGUCGAAACAUCUGUUAUGACGGUUGGACACUGGAAUAUAGCGGAUAUCUCACCAGCGGACAUGAAUCUCAUCAUACAACCGAAUUUGUUUGCCUUGAUGUCGACCCAGAGAUUAUAACUGGAGGAGCAUCUGAUGCGAAUGGAAAGCUGUUCUAUUUUGUGGAGGCACGCUGUGGAUCAUUGCGAUGUCCACCUUACGUGAACGGACGUGAGCUUACAUGUGCUGUUUGCUCUAAAUAACUGUAUUGCGAUUUGCGAUUAUGUACGUUAUCUUUUUUAAUCGGUGAAAAUUACAUUUUACAUUACGGCAUUUUAAGUAAAGAUGUCUGAAUAUAAUAUUAUAACCUUUUUAUUUAUGCCAGUUUAAUUUUACGUCGUCAUAAGCUAAGUACCAAUUAAGACCUUGUGAAACAGUUCUAAUUGUUGAAAUAUAAACUUUAAGCCAUCUGCCAAAAUACUUUUACGAUAUAUUUCAGAUAAAAUGUGAGC